AUGGGCGCAGGACAAAUCGGGGGAAUCGCAACUUUGUUGGACAUGGAUUUCAAGAACCCCGCUGGAUUCUUGGGCGACAUAGCAUCUCGCAGUGAGGCGCAACAUGUGGUCCAUUACCUAUCCCAUUCCAUGCUGUUCUGCCUCGGGGCCAUCAUAGAGGCGCACGUGAUCAUCACACCGGCCAUCUGCGUAUUCGGCGAGAGGUACAAGUUCGGGGUGUUUGGUGGCACGAACAGAUUCCUAGAGUUUGCCGGCAUCGAGAAACAAGUCAGCCAUGUUUGUUUACAUAAAGGGUACAAUCGCACUAAACAUUGGAGCGAGUGCGCGCCGAACAUGCAGCUUGCGCUCAUGAUGACGCAGACGCCGUUUUCAUUCCACGACAGGGAGGAGCCGGCCGACUACAUCGUCAACAGGGUGCGGUACGGCUCCCUGCCCGCCCACCAAACCCGCUCGUACACACAAUGCGUGUACCACGGCUUCGGGAGCAGGAGGAAUGGUUACUUGAUACCGCUGCUGAUAGAUCUGCGCAGUCACAAGGUCACAGUGCACCCCCCCGAGCACUGCGCCACCAAGUGGAACCACGUGGACUCCUACCUCUGCAUAGAUUCUCCACCAUGCCUGUCAGAGAAGUAUGGAGCCUUGUGUCCUGAUGAUGUUGGGUCCAUCGUGGUGUGCGAUGGCGUCGCCAAGGGCAUGAUGAUUUCCCGUCUCGUGGACAGGCCGUGUGGGACAGGAUUCAUAGAUCUCGAGCAGUACCGGAAAUUCAUCAUGUGCGGGGUGGACGACUCCCGGGAGGUGCUCCUCCACGACGAAGUCCUCAUGUUCGACUUCACCCCACCGUCCACACCAUUCCUUAUAACACCUGAUGUAACACCUCUUAUAAGUGAUAAUGAGUAUUCAAUAGAAAAAAUAAAAGUCAAUGUACCAAAUGUUCAAGUUGAAGAUUUAAAAGAAGAAGUGAUUCAAGAAGAUAAAGUAGAAAAAGUAGAAGAAAAGCCAAUAGAACCACAAGAGGUUAAGCAAGAAAAAAAGAUAGAACAGGAUCAAGAAGUGAAGCUAGAAGAAAAUCAAGAAGAGAGUCAGGAAGAAAAACAAGAAGAAGUAAACCUAGAAGUCAAUUUAGAACCGAAGGAGGAAAGUGUAGAAAAUGAAGACGGAGAAAGGGAUGAGAAACUGAGCGAAGAAGAUAAAGCGACCGUGGAAGAGAAGGAGGAUGUGAAAUAA